AUGAGUCGGUAUUUUUUACUAGCGUGCACAUUGGCUCUGCAAUGUGUCGCGGCCUCCCAGGAGGACUACAUAGUCAAGGAUUUGCCUGGACUCUCGAAUAUUCCUGCCGUGGUGAGGCCAGUGAUGCAUGCCGGACACCUUGAAAUAGAUGAGGAACACAACACCGAGCUGUUUUUCUGGCGAUUCCAGAAUCCGAAGAACAACGGGACACACCAAACGCUCCACCGCAAUGAGCUGAUCGUCUGGCUGAACGGUGGCCCUGGCUGCUCGUCGAUGGAUGGAGCCAUGAUGGAAACAGGCCCCCUGCGGGUGUCAGACAAGUUGGAGGUGGAGCUCAACCCGGGAUCCUGGACACAGGUGGCCGAUAUCUUGUUUGUGGAUCAGCCGGCCGGAACUGGGUUUUCGUACACAGACUCUUACGACACAGAACUGAAACAAGCAGCACAGCAUUUCUGGCAGUUUCUGAAAACAUACUACCAGCUCUUCCCGGAGGACCGCACGAAGAAACUGUAUUUGGCGGGCGAGUCAUAUGCUGGCCAGUACAUCCCAUAUUUUGCAAAGGAAAUUAUUGAGAACAACUCGCUGAAUAUCAGUCUAGAGGGUCUUUUGAUAGGCAACGGCUGGAUCGACCCGGAUAUCCAGUCUCUGUCGUACGUUCCAUUCAGUCUGGAGGCAGGCUUUUUGGAUCGCCAAAGUCCGUCGAUGGCGCAAGUCCUAAAGCAACACGAGAAAUGCCAGCAGGCCAUUGACGACCCUUCCAAUCACGAUUUUGAGAAAGUGGAGUGCGUCAAAAUAUUCCAUAGUAUUUUGGCUGCCAGUAGAGACGAAACCAAGCCUGCCAAAGAACAAUGUGUCAACAUGUACGACUACCGCAAACAUGAUUACUUCCCUGCAUGCGGAUCCAAUUGGCCAGAAGGCCUGCCCACCGUGACUAAAUUUCUGAAUCUGGAUGCUGUGCAAAAAGCCCUGAACCUGAAAUCGGCGAAGAGAUGGCACGAGUGUGACGGAAAAGUCGAAUUCUUUUUCCAGCCAGAGCACUCUGUCAAGUCGUUCGACCUGCUGCCAAAACUACUGGAGAAAAUGAAAAUCGCGCUGUUUGCUGGCGACAAGGACAUUAUCUGCAACCACAAAUCAAUAGAAAUGGUGAUUGAAAAAUUGCAAAUUACACCAGGACAAUUCGGUUUCACAAACAGCAGAAAGUCUGGCUGGAUCUACGACGGGCAGGAAGUGGGUGAGGUUGAGACACAGUCGAACCUCACGUAUAUCAAGGUGUUCAAUUCGUCGCAUAUGGUGCCUUACGACCUGCCGGAGGUGAGCAGAGGACUAUUCGAUAUAAUCACAAACUCUAUUGAAAAACGGUCGACAGACAUUGUGACGCCCGUUUAUGACAGCAGAGGCAACUACAAGUUUGUGGAGGAGAAGCAGGACACCGACCAGAACGAGGAAGAAGAGAAGGAGAAACCUCCCAAGCACCAUCAUAGUCUCACGUUUUACGUGGCAGAGGUGGCGAUUCUGGCAGUGCUAGCAUAUCUGCUUUACAGCUUCUACAAAUCGUUCGCCAAAUCGCGUAAGUCUGCAUUUUUGUCACUCUCUUCCAAGAAGAAGAAGAAGCAGGUGCACUGGUUUGACGAGAGCGACAUAGGAAUGGACCAGGAAGCUGGCGAGGCAGAUCAUAAGCCUAAGAGCAUGCUGGAGUCGGUGUUCAACAAGCUGGGCUAUGGAGGACAGUAUGACACGGUACAGGACGGCCGUGACAUCGAGAUGGCGCCGGUCGAAGAACACGAAGACCAAUUUAUUAUUCAAAGCGACGAGGAAGAGUUUGGCCACAGAUAG